AUGGCGAAGAAAAGAAAGGCCGGCGGUCGCCCCGCCGCUAGAAAUGCGCCUGCCCCGGAAAAGACCAAAUAUGCUGUCGAAGAGAGGUUCGACGACUCAGAGGACGAAUUUCAAACCGGUCGCGAUCAAGUUCUCCUGGACGAAGCCCCCGAUGCGAAAAGACGCCGGAAAUUGAUCGAGGAUGAGCAAGAUCUCCAACUCUCCGAUGAGGAGGUUAUGGGCUACGAGUCCGUAGACGAGGACGACUUGGAUGACGACAACGAAGCCGAAGAAGACGGCUACUACGAGGACGGCAUGGACGACGACGAUGAGGACAUCUUAGGGAAGAACAAGCGACGAGGCGGUUCCGAUGAUGAGGACGAGGAAGGUAUCGCCGCCUGGGGCUCUUCCAAGAAGGAUCUCUACAAUGCCGACCAGAUCGAAACGGAGGCCGAUGCGUUCGAGGAAGAAAAGGAGGCGAAGCGACUCCAACAGAAGCAGCUGGAGGCAAUGAACGAGGCGGACUUCGGGUUCGACGAAUCUGAGUGGAUGGAAACUGGUAAAGAGAACGAGGACGAAGAGGCCGAAGCCGGUGUGGUAACGGAAGUCCUGCCGCAGGCCGAAAUCUCCGAAGACUUGAGCGAGGAAGAGAAAUUGAAGAUCCUGAAGUCGAGAUACCCCGAAUUCGAACCGCUGGCCAAAGAUCUCAGUGACCUUCAAUCGGUACACCAGGAGCUUGCACAGGCUGCGAGCGCAACGGAGAUCAACGACGACACCUUGGACGCACCCCCUGUUUCUGUCAUUAAGUUCCGCGCUUUGUCGGCGUAUCUCGGCACAAUCGGUCUCUACUUCAUGCUCAUAACAUCCCCAGCGAAUGACACAGAAGGAAAGGCAACUGCCCUCUCGCCGGCCGACCUGCGCGCCCACCCGGUUAUGGGAUCUCUGGUCGAAUUUCGAAAGCUUUGGGAAAACGUUAAAGACCUUAGCGACCCCGAGCCUUCCGAGGUGGACAGCGACGAGGAGCAGGAGGAACUGGAUGUCGCACCCAAGAAAGAUAGCAAGAAGACUAAGGAGGCUAAGGAGAAGACGCGGAAACUGUCCAAGGCUGAGCGCGCCGCGGAAGCGGCCCAGGCCGAAGCCGACGCUCGCAGAGCAGAGCGACUCAAGAAGACGGAAGCCAACCUUGCCGAUCUAUCCGACCUCAUCACGGCGCCCGGCAAGAAGCGCACCGUUCAAAAGACCAAGAAAUCCGCCAAGGAGGAUGACGAUUCGGAUUUCGGUGACGAAGAAGCCCUUACCGCCCGGGAAGCCGAGGAGAAGGCUAAGCAGAAACGCUCCCUCCGCUUCUACACCUCGCAGCUCGCCCAGAAGGCGAACAAGCGUACCGCAGCCGGUCGGGAUGCCGGUGGUGAUGCAGAUCUACCUUACCGGGAGCGCCUGAGGGAUCGCCAGGCCCGCCUGAACGCCGAGGCCGAGAAGCGUGGUCGCCAGCAACCCAAGGGAGCCGAACAGCUGGGCGGCGACAGUGACGACGAGGACCGCCGGGUCGCCAACGAAUUGCGAGGCGAUGGUUCCGGCACCGACGAUGACGAAUACUAUGACAUGAUCGCGGCCCGGGCCAACAAGCGCAAGGACGACAAGAAGGCUCGCGCCGACGCCUACGCGCAGGCCGCCCGCGAGGGUGGACACGUCGAGGUCCAGGAGGAGAUCGGACCGGACGGCAAACGAGCCAUCACGUACCAGAUCGAGAAGAACAAGGGUCUUGCAGCCAAGCGGAGCAAGGACUCGCGCAACCCUCGUGUCAAGAAGAGGAAGAGGUUCGAAGACAAGAAGAAGAAGCUUAGUAGUAUUCGCCAGCAGUACAAGGGUGGUGAAGGCCGUGGCGGCUACGGUGGUGAACUCACAGGUAUCAAGAAGAACCUGGUUAAAAGUGUUAAACUCUAG